UUUAAGAACAAAAGGGCACAGUGAGUUCUGAGAUCUCAAACCACCUUCUUCUCUUUUCCUUUUUACUUGGAUGUACCGGUGCAUGACAAAGGUUCUAAGGAUCUAAGGCUGCCAGAUCAACAUGACAUCUCAGGUCGCGCAGAUGGUCUUGCGACUGGAUGCUGAAUCGGUCCGGGCGCUAAAAGACGGCAUAAAUUUUCAGAAAAACCCAGAGGAUGGCAAAUGUUACAUCAUUUACAAAGACAAAGACAAACUCCGGGCCUGCAAGAACCAGUGCAAGCACCAGGGUGGACUCUUCAUUAAAGAUAUUGAGGAUAUAGAUGGCAGAACUGUGCGCUGUACCAAACACUACUGGAAACUUAACGUGGCCUCUAUGGAGUAUGUGAACCCUCCUGACAGUUUCAUGCAAGAUGAACUUGAGGUUGUGUUAUCAGAUACAGAUGGCAGUUUAGAGUUGGUGGAGUUGAAUCCUCCAGACCCUUGGACCGUGGACCCCAGAGAAGCACAAGCCCUACAAGCCGGCGAGAUCACGUUGACGUACAUUACGCAUGCGUGCAUGGAGCUUAAAGCUGGGAAUAAGCGGAUGAUGUUUGACCCGUGGCUGACAGGUCCGGCGUUUGCCAGAGGAUGGUGGCUUUUACACGAGCCUCCGACUGAUGCGAUGGAGAGACUCUGUCAGGCUGAUCUCAUUUACAUCAGCCACAUGCACUCCGAUCAUCUCAGCUACCCCACAUUGAAACUUCUCUCCAAAGAGCGGCCUGAUAUUCCCAUUUAUGUUGGAGACACCUCACGGCCGGUGUUCUGGUAUCUGGGGAAAAGUGGCGUGAAUUUAACAAACAUCAACGUCAUGCCUUUUGGUGUAUGGCAGAAUGUCGAUGAAAACCUGAGAUUUAUGAUUCUAAUGGACGGAGUUCACCCUGAGAUGGAUACCUGCUUAAUCGUGGAAUAUAAAGGUCACAUGAUCUUGAAUACAGUCGACUGCACUAGACCAAACAACGGACGUCUGCCACAUGGUGUUGACAUUAUGAUGAGCGACUUUGCAGGUGGAGCAUCUGGAUUUCCAAUGACAUUUUAUGGCGGCAAAUACACAGAAAGCUGGAAGGCAGAUUUCAUUAAGAAUGAGAGGAAGAAACUGUUAAACUACAAGACGAUGCUGGUGAAGUCCCUGCAGCCCAAGAUUUACUGUCCGUUCGCUGGUUACUUCACCGAAGCUCACCCUUCAGACAGGUACAUAAAGGAGACAAACAUCAAGAACAACCCAGCAGACCUGAAUGCAUCUAUAAGGAAGAGCUGCCCAAAUACCUUAACCUGGACUCCUUUACCUGGUUCUGUGCUGGAUUUGGCCCUCACUCUGGCUGACAAAUCCAACAGGAAUGCCAUCACUGAACCGCCAAAUGGUACAAAGAUCUAUAAGGACAGUUGGGACUUUGACUUGUAUUUGGAUGAGCUGAAUGCUGCUAUUUCAGCUGAUAUCUUUAAAUACAAAAGCUGGAUCCAGUAUUAUUAUAACUGGGCCGGAUUUAAAGGCUACAAUCUGGUCAUUCGGGUAAUUGAGACCGAUGAUGAUUUCAAGCCAUUGGAUGGUGGUUACAAUUACCUUGUGGACUUUAUGGAUCUUUCCAUCCCAGAUAAAAGACCGGAUAGAGAUCACUCAUAUGAGGAGAUUAAGAACAGAGUGGGGGUGAUGAGACACGUGGUUCUGAACGGGCGGUUAUGGGACGAUCUGUACAUCGGCUUCAAUAACAAAAUGAGUCGAGAUCCUGAUGUUUACCACCACAAGUUCUGGAAUCAUUUUCAGACAGAAUUACCACUAUCAGCUCCAGACUGGGACCAUUUCCUUGAAACAGUCUCUGAAACAGAUCGGAGAGAGGACAGCAAUGGCGUCUGUGUGCUGUGUUAAUGCAAACACCGUUUUGCAUCCCAUUCAUGACACAUUAAGUCUAUUCACUUUUCUAGCACCGCACAGUUGAAAUGACUCACUAUAAGGAUGUUUUGAGUUGUUUUGUAAAUGUAUUGCUUUUGUUUUGAUGGGGUUUUGGGGUGUGUAACUCCAGAUUUUUAAUAUAUCAAUGUUAUUCAUGACUACUAAUAAUAAUAGUAUGAUUUAUUAAGAUUAAUGAUAAUGCUGCUCAAUCAUAAUUUUUAAUUCAUGCCUAAGCAACACAAUCACAAAUCUUUUAUAUAUAUAUAUAUAUAUAUAUAUAUAUACACACACACACAACUAAUGAACACAAAAACACAUCUUGUAGUUUUAAGUGUACAAAUGAUUAAAUUAAUCCUGUAGAAUGUUAUAACUUGUUACUUAGAAUACUUAAUUGUGAUUGGUCAGUUCUGAGGUCAAAUUUGUUUGUAUAAUGAGUGAUUUCCUACACAUCUGUGUUAGUUUCAUGUCACGUUUCACUUGGCACUCUUUUUCUUCUCACAUAAUAAAAUCAUUUAAGAUCAAUCAAAUAAAUAUUUAAAUCAAGUCAAUAUUGCAAAGAAACAUUAAGUUAAGUUGGUUGCAUGCUAAACUAUUAAUUUCAAUGAAUUGGAAAAAUGUCUCUCGCCCUUCACUUUAUCACAUUAUUAUUGUCCUGUUUAUUGAUUGAAAAACGGACAUAUGCUUUAAGGCAAUAUGUACAGAUUUUGCUGUUUCGGAAGGAAAUUGGUACUUUAAUUCACCAAAGUGGCAUUCAACUGAUCACAAAGUAUAGUCAGGACAUUACUGAUGUAAAAAACAGCACCAUCACUAUUUAAGAGGACAGCAGCCAUCACUCCAACACCUUAUCCUUGAGUAAUCAUGAUAAAUUGAUCAUUUGAUACUAGAAAAUCACUUGCCAUUAUAUCAAACACAGUUGAAAGAUAUUUGGUUCAUUAAAUGAAGCUUAACAUUGUCUUUGUGUUUGUGUUUGAGUUGUCACAGUAUGCAAUAGACUGGCAUAUCUUAAGAUCAAUAUUAGGUCACAAAUGGCAAAAAAGAAACAGCUUUCUCUAGAAACUCAUCAGUCAAUCAUUGUUUUGAGGAAUGAAGGCUAUACAAUGCUUGAAAAGAUUUCAUUCAAAGGUGUACACUACAGUCUUCAAAGACAAAGGACAACUGGCUCUAACAAGGACAGAAAUACAUUGCCCACAUCUAUGGCAAGUGCUACAGGAAGUGUGGGGUGAAAUGUCACCUGAGUAUCUGGACAAACUGACAGCUAGAAUGACAAAGAUCUGUAAAGCUGUCAUUGCUGCACGUGGAGGAUUUUCUGACGAGAACUCUUUAAAGUAGUUUAAAAAAAAUCAAAUUGUAAUAGUAAUUUAUCACAUUAUUAAUGUCCUGACUAUACACUGUGAUCAGUUGAA